GUAGAGGCCCCUCCUUAUUAUGGUGGGGACCUUAUUGUAGUGAAGGAGUGAGAGAGAGCCACAUUUUAGAUCCAUUUUUCUUAACACUAAUUGUAGGACCAUUUGUGGCAGUAUGGUCCACUCAGAAAAAGUCACACUUUCUUACCCCUACACGUGUCAUCAUCCCACUCACUCUUCCUUUAUAUACCUCUUCAACUUCAACCGUCUGAUUCAUCCUCCAUUUCCACUACUCACACCUUUUGUUCUUCUUUUUUUCUAAAAAAAUGUCCAGUUUUCAUGACCCAGAUGAUGAUUGUGGCACCUCCGAGCUCAGCAACGACGUCGCCGGAGAUCUAAAUGACCGGAAAAUGGACUGUGAUGGAGUUGCCGAUGAGAAAAAACUGGUGUUUUCCGCUAUGAAAGAAGAACCGUUUGAUUCCGAUCAUCAUACUUUGGUUCCGUCAAUGCCUAUGCCGGUGGCUACCGCCGCGGCGCCGCGGAGGUCCUCCACCAAGGACCGUCACACAAAAGUAGAGGGACGUGGACGGAGGAUCCGAAUACCUGCUACAUGUGCGGCUCGGAUCUUCCAAUUGACCCGAGAACUAGGUCAUAAGUCCGACGGAGAAACUGUUCGGUGGUUGCUUGAACAUGCGGAGCAAUCUAUAAUUGAAGCCACCGGAACCGGAACUGUACCGGCGAUAGCAGUUUCUGUCAACGGUACUCUUAAGAUUCCGACGAGUUCUCCGGCGAGUAAUCGAGAAAUCGACGAGAACAAUCCACAGAAACGUAGAAGGAAAUCAUCAAACUCGGAGUUCAUUGAUGUUGGAAGUUUGAAUAGGAAUGCAGCAAAUGUUUCACAAUUUGCUCCGGUAACAACCACGCCGGCAACAAUACCUCCUGCUGCCGCCGCUCCGCCGCCGGGAUUACUACCGAUAUGGACUAUGAGUAAUGGGGGUAUGAUGGUACCAUCCAAUGCCAUUUGGAUGAUACCAGCAACGGUCCCACCAGUAAACGUGACCAAUAACAACAACAAUAACAAUAACGUCGUGGUGCAGUAUCCUCAAUUAUGGACACCUGUAUUUAAUUUGGCCACGAGGCCAAUAUCAUCGUUCGUGGCUGCACCAACAGCUGCAGCCACGAAUAAUAUUAGCGGUCCGUCACCAAUAAUGAUGGCAGGACCGUUAACUAUAAAUGAUGGAGCAGCAACAUCAACGGGGCCUAAAGUUGGUUCGAACAAGUCUAGCAUGGCUCCAGCUAGUUUAAGCUCUAGCACAAAUAGAAAUAACAACAACAAAAAUGAUGUUAAACCUCAUAUGCUAAGAGAUUUUUCACUUGAGAUUUAUGAUAGAAAAGAGCUACAGUUUAUGAGUCGGAGUGGAAAUCAUCAACAAGAACCUCAAGUUACAUCUUCAAAGCGAUCAUAGAGAAGACGGUUAAUGGACGAUCAAGGUCUAUGGCUUAAAAUCGGUUCCAAGUGAUUGAUCCUAUGUCAUAAUUUAUGAGUAGCAAUAUAAAGAUAGAGGCAGAGUUUAGGCCAAAUAUGCUCAAAAUACUCUUGUAUGUACAAACUAGAAGACACUAGCUAUUCACUUUUUGUUUCUUUUGCUUUUGUUAAACUAAUGAUAAUUAGAAGUUGAAUGAUGUGUAACUCUCUUAGGAAAUUU